UAUCUCGAGAGCCUCACCGUGAACGAAACCGAGUAUAACGGCUUGACCUUGGGGCUCGACAUGCUGGAGGGUUUAGAUCGCAGACGUCUGGUGAUCUGCGGGGAUUCAAACCUAGUGAUCCGACAAGUACGGGGUGAGAUCGAUUGUAAGGCACCCGGGCUGACGCUAUUGAAGCGGAAAGCCCUCGAUCGCCUGAGGAAAUGGAAUGAUCAUGAGUUGGUUCACGUCAAGAGGGACUGGAACGGAAGUGCCGACAGUCUAGCAAGCGCCGCGUUGCAACGACAAAGGGGGAUCGAGGUCCAGGAGACGCUCGGGUACCAGGAUCUGGUUACCCUGAACCGGUUAGACGAGAUCUUGAUCCCCAAGACCGAGAACCCAGUGGUUCGAGUCGCCGCUGUGACCACGCGGGCUGGUCGGGCAAGAUCACCGGUGGGUGUCAUGAAUGAGGGUCUGAUCCGCGAAAUCCGAGUUGACCGGAUCAAGCAAGCCCAAGAGGAAGAAGUCUGGAUCGCCGGCAUGAAGAAGUAUCUGAGUGGCUCGAUCGCAGAUCUCACCCAAGCGGAAGCAAGAUCGUAUGGCAAGAUCGCAGCUGACUACGAGGUGGACGAGCAGGAUCUACUUUUUUACUGCCCCCCGACGCCGAGAUCGGGAGACGAUCGCGACCGAUUGAUGAGAUUGGUAGUUCCCGAAACACUACAGUCGGACGUUUUACACCACUAUCACGCCACGUUGGAGGGAGGACAUCAAGGAGUGGGGCGAACCUACCAGCGGAUCAGGGAUCACUUCCAUUGGAGGGGAUUAUACCGGAGUGUCCAGAGGUAUGUGGGAGAAUGCGUAGAUUGCGAGACCGGGAAAGGAAAACCAGUGAAUCGCCCGGAAACUUGCAGGCGACGUACCCGUUCCAGAUUAUUGCGAUGGAUCACAUACCGUCGCUGCCCAGAUCCCACAAGGGGAACACAGAAUUACUGA